GCCAAUAGUUGCGUGACUAAAUUCAAGGUGUUUUGGAUUGCAUUUACAGUUAUGACUAUGACUGAUACCAAUUCUCAAAUCAAAGUUAAAGUCGCAUAUAAUGGGGACAUCCUGGUUACCUACAUAGACCAGUUCAUGAACAUUGAUACACUGAAUAAAGAGAUGGUCGAUAUAUGUCAUUUCUCUGACUCAAAGCCAUUCACAAUGAAAUGGAUUGACGAUGAAGGAGAUCCAUGCAUGCUAACAAAUCAAAAGGAGCUUGACGAAGCUUUGAGAUUGUACGAAUUGAACGAGGACAACGACAUGACCAUUCACGUUUUUUCCGGCAAGCCUGAAGCACCUGGAUGUUUGUGCCCCGGAGAAGACAAAAGUGUCUACAGGAGGGGAGCUAAAAGAUGGAGAAAAUUGUACCGCAUAAAUGGACAUUUGUUUCAGUUGAAACGAUUUAGUAGGAAAGCUAUAUGCGUGCUAUGUAGCGAUCGAAUAUGGGGCUUAGGGAGACAAGGUUUAAAAUGCUUAAACUGCAAACUACUUAUUCACAAAAAGUGUCAUAAAUUUGUCAAAAUAACAUGCACUAAUGCUAAUUUUAGUUGGCAAAGUAUCGAAAAUAAUACCAACAACGGUGGAAGCAUAUUAAGCGAAAGUAAUGUCCAAAUUUUUGAUAAAGAGGAAUAUUUUGAUACUCGCGACACUGGCCUAACGUUUAUCCAAAAAGAGCAUAUGGAGGAAGAAACGAUCGAUAAAUGGCACAAAAAUGAUAAUAACAAAAUCGGAUUAAUGGGUGUAGACCAGCCGUAUGCCAAGAAGAAGAUGUCGUUCGAUUCUGCUCUUCAUCACGUUGACGCAAAUAAUUUUGUCUUCGAUAAAAUACGAGCCGAUUACAAAGUCAACGAUAAUGGCCUGUCUAAAACCAACAAAAUCUCGACUACUAAUUAUGUCGAUAAAGUAGGAACCCCGGGUAAAUCAAAAAACUGUAUAAAAAAUGGAGUCAACAGCAAUCUCAAGAACUACUCUAAGCCCUUGCUCAAAGAUAUAUCUCAAGAAUUUCCUAUUAUUACCUCAGGGAUGAAUGGUUCCGGAAAAAAAUUUAACAAAACCGAAAAAGCAAUUCCCUCAUCUCAAACAUCCAAGAUGAAAAUUUUAUCUUCCGAUAAUGGAUUAGUUUAUAGCCCAUCUAUUGUUGGUGAAAUAGAUACUAGCCUAGCAGAUUCUAAAUCUAAAAAGAAACGAUAUAAAUUGUCCGAUUUUGAAUUAAUGAAAGUCAUAGGAAGAGGCAGUUAUGCAAAAGUCUUUCUGGCCGAGUUAAAGGACACAAAAAAGGUCUACGCCAUGAAGGUUAUCAAGAAAGAAUUGAUCAACGACGAAGAAGAUAUCGAUUGGGUUCAAACCGAAAAACAUGUUUUUGAAACCGCAACGAAUCAUCCUUUCUUAGUUGGACUUCAUUCCUGUUUUCAAACUCCUAGCAGGCUUAUAUUCGUAAUAGAGUUUGUAAACGGUGGAGACCUUAUGUUUCACAUGCAAAGGCAAAGAAGGCUUCCCGAGGAGCAUUCCAGAUUCUAUUCGGCCGAAAUUAUUUUAGCCCUCAAUUUCUUGCAUCGCAAAGGAAUCAUAUACAGGGAUCUAAAACUCGACAACGUAUUAUUGGACUGUGACGGCCACAUUAGACUUACCGACUAUGGCAUGUGCAAAGAAGGUCUAAAUGUAGGCGACAGAACGAGUACAUUUUGUGGGACUCCUAAUUACAUAGCUCCCGAAAUUUUACGGGGUGACGAUUAUAGUUUUAGCGUGGAUUGGUGGGCUUUGGGAGUUUUGAUGUUUGAAAUGUUAGCCGGACGAUCUCCUUUUGAUAUAGUAGGGGCCACUGAUAAUCCCGAUCACAAUACAGAAGAUUACCUAUUUCAAGUUAUAUUGGAAAAAACUAUCAGGAUUCCUAGGUCGAUAUCCGUUAAGGCAGCCUCAGUUUUGAAAGGAUUUCUCAAUAAAGAUCCCGUAGAAAGACUAGGCUGCCAUCCUGAAACUGGGUUUAAGGACAUUAUCAUGCAUUGCUUUUUUAAAACUAUCGAUUGGGAUAUGCUCGAAAGCAAGCAAUUGACUCCCCCUUACAAGCCUAAAUUGAGCAAUGAUCGUGCUGUCGAUAACUUCGAUCCACAAUUUACCAAUGAACUACCCAUAUUAACUCCCGACGACCAGACAGUACUGGAUAGAAUAGAUCAAACCGAAUUUGAGGGAUUCGAAUUUGUCAACCCUUUGCUUAACAUCUUUGAUCAGCUUAAAUAAAGCGAUAUGAUACUUUUUUUAAAUUGGCACUAUUUAUUGUAAUGACUAUUUUCCCAGCUUAAGACAUUUCAAUCACUUGUAGAAAAAAAACAUUCCUAAUAUAUAACUAUGUAUAUAUAAUAUUUUGAUAUGAAUUUAUUUAAAUCUAACUUAAAAAUCACCGUUUUAAAUAUUUAUAUUAUAAUAAAUUUCCACAAACAUUAUUUUUUUACCAUUUAAAGAAAUAUUUUGUAUUUAUGAAAAUUUUAAAUAUUUUUAGACAAAACACAUUAAUAAUAAUCGUAUAAAUUAUUCUUGUUUUAUUAUUUAUUUUCGAGUACGUUUAUAUUUUUGUAAUUAUUGCACCACUGGACU